CUUUCAACCUUCAGCAUCUGCACGACGAGCCCAGUUCCAAGCUAGUCGAGGUACCGUCGGAAAUCCAGCUUUUUCAGUAGUUAGUGCCUUGUCUUUGACGGUGGAGCGACGGACUCCGCUAGUGCGUGCUAUGUCCGCACCUAUAAGGCCACACGACGAAAAUAGCAAAGCCACCCUAGCUAAUAAGCGGAAAAUUCGACGGAGAAAGAUCUCCGGCCGCCCAACAUCAAGCACUUUCAGUCAAAUUAGUGAAAAUGGUGUAGUCGAAAGUAAAACCCCAGAGAGCGUAGACACCUCCGCCGAACAGUCCAAGGCGAAAGGGGGCAAGAAAUCAAUCGCACGUACUCGACCGACUUUGGGGUGUGACGUCGUCACGUUGGUGUCCCUAAUUAGUUCCGAGGGUAGUGACUCCGAAAAGGAGGAAUCCCUUAUUGCGAUUGAUUCAAGCCGGCUGAAGCGCCCACCUCUGUUAAGAAAGUCCGGCAAAUCUGUCUCGUUCCAGGAGCAUGACAUUAAUAAUUUUAGCAAUACAGCGAAGGAGUUUCCUCAUAUGAUACGCCGGGGAUCUGUUGCACCUCUCGCAGCAAGGAUACGAGCGAAUAGGCCACCAACCGCACCACCUGGCUCCAUUUUUGUACACGGAUUUGAAGCAAGGUGCUCAACGUUAUGAUUUUUAAGUGUUUUAAAAAAUCCACUCGUUACGGUUAGAACGGAGAUAUGAGAACAGUGGAAGAAAUAUUUGCAGUUCAAGUCGAGCCCAUAAACCAAUUUUCUAGAUUUUAUCUACAAAAAAGGCAUCCUUUUUUGGCAGAAAACGUAUUUCAUUUUGCAAAUGGAAGACAUAUUUCGGUGACCUAUUGUUCUUUUUAUCAGUAUUGGUCUCCUAAUAGAAAA